AUGAUUGUUGCGAUACUCUGUUUCGCCGUCGCGCUUGUUGCUGCUGAUGAAGUGGAUGGCCCGCAGUAUCAAUGCCCUGGCAGUAAAGUAGAAAGGGUACAGAAGAGAUCGACGGUGCGACAAGUAUGGGACUGCAAUCUAGAAAGGUCCGCGCAGCAGGUGGCCGAUCGUUGCUCAACUUCGCCUUCCGGACAAGGUGGCGUCGGCGAAACUAUAAAUUCAGUCUAUGCUCCUACAAGCGUAGAACAAUCGCUGAUCACAGCAGGACCUGUUUCUGCGCAUGAAUGGUACCAGGCGCACAAAAAAUAUUCUGGAGGUCAGAACACCGCACUGUCAAGCAGCUCCUUCGGAAGCGGCGCUGACUACUUCUUGCAGAUGGUGUACGGCGAUGCGGACAAGAUCGGCUGUGGCCAAGGAACUGGAUGCGGCAAUGAUGGUAAAACAAUCGUCGUUGUUUGCCACUACAACAGAAAGACAACCAUGUCUCAGUCGGCGCCAUCCUGUCGUUGGAAAAAUGUUUGCAUCCAUCCGUAUCCAAAUCUACUAAGUUUACUUUGUGCAUCUGUACAGUCGAUGUGCGGAUUUGAUGUUAGCGCUGUUUCUGGAUGCAUCCAUGCGCCAACUACAGCGGGACUUUCGUUGCUGUGA